AUGUCAGUGACAUUACCUGAACAAACAAAUACUAAUGAUAAUAACAAUAAAACAUCAAAUGCAGAAAAUACAAAUUCAUCGAUCAAUCGCGUUAAUGAUGAAAUAUUCCCCAAAGUAUCAUUUGAUGAGAAUCCUUUAAAGAUAACGGAACUGAAUUCUUCCUCGUCUGAUCCAUAUAUCAACAACAAUAUUGAAGAUUUAUUCGGGUCCGUAUUAAGCACCGUUCAACAACAACCACGAACCGACGAAAAUUUUAAAGAGCCUGAUAAAAACAUCGAGUCUUUUAAGCCGAAUUUUCAAAAUCUUGAUUCAGCAACAACAAUGGUUAAACCACGAGAAAUUUCUUUAGAUGACACAGACCAGAUUUUAUCUUCAAAAAGGAAUGAUACUCAUGACAUUAGAGAUUUGUCAUCGAAUUCUGUAGUAGAAAUCGCUCAAAACAACACUGAAGGAUUGUUCGAAGUAACCAAACCAUAUCAAGUAAAUUCCAAUGUUGUAUUUGUAUCUCCCAUCUCGGAGAUUCCAUUCGAAGAUGAAAUUUCUAAAAUUCAAUCACCCAUUGACGCUUCAGUUACUAAAAAUCACCAAAUUCUUAAAGGAACAUCCCCAGAAAAGAUUGGCAUUAGUGAUAAUGAAGUUCGUAAUGUUCCUCUCACCCUCGCAUCACCGGAAACUAAUGGGAAGAAAGCUUUGAGCAUGUUUUUUAUUUUGUCGUUGGUAGUAGCGACUAUUGCUAUAUUAGUUUGGCAAGGGAAAUUUGAGCAGGAAAUUUCUCCCGAGAUGAGAAAUCGACCAAUUUUCAAAGAAUUCGCAAAAUCAACUUCUCAUUUAUCGAAUAAACUUGGAAAUGCCGAAAUACCAGUUUCUGGACCAAUACUGGAUCUUCGUUCAUCGUGUCACACGCUUCGCGACACUUUGAAAAAUCACAAAAAGCUAGAUAAAUACGACAAUCUUGUUGCUUAUCUUGAUGAUCUAGGCGAGUUGCUAUUUAAUGCCGGAGAUGAAAUUUCGCGAUUGCAUGUCGAUGGAGAUUCUUUCCUCACAAGCAUUCAACAACAUCUUGUCGACUUAGAAGAUUAUAUUCCUAUCGAUGCUCCAUUAUCAUGCGGUAAAACUAUCGAUUCACUUUCCGUUCUACUAAAAUCAAUAAUCUGGGAUUUUGGCAAAUUUGAAACUAGUCUACGUAGCGCCCUCAAAGCUAUCAAAAAUGCGUUAAACAAAUAUAAGCAGUUGGGGAAUAUCACGAGUAAUCUGAAUAUACGGAAUCGUGUAGAGUAUGUAGACACAAUCCAAAACGGAAUAAAAAGCUUAGAGGAAGCUGUUGAAUCUGUCGAGGAGUUAGAUAAAGAAGUGCAAUUUGUCAGAUCCAAAGUUAUCGAUGAUAAAAAAUUGCUUAAUUAUAUGUGUGGUUAUUAUGUAGGAGAUGAACAAGAUCAAGAAGCAUUGCAGGAAACACGAGAGCAAGUUAUUAAAGAUCUUGAAAAAUUCAAGGAGAAGAUGCAUGUGAGAAACGUAGUAAUUCCAGCUGCCUCUCCUUCAGUAUCUCCAGUAGUGAAACCUAGAUUUGGUAUUUUUUGGUGA